GGCUGCAGACAAUAACAUGAUGCCAUGGCUAAGAAGUUGGGUCCUCAAGGCACUGAGAAAUGCCCGGGGAUUCUGUGGGCCUCACAGGCAGCAACCACCUCUCCCUGACCCUCAGAAAAUUGUGGCCACCUGGGAAGCCAUCAGCCUGGGGGGGCAGCCAGUGCCUGAGUACUUCAACUUUGCCCAUGAUGUGCUGGACAUGUGGAGUCAGCUGGAAAAGGCUGGGCACCGGCCCCGGAUCCCCGCAUUCUGGUGGGUCAAUGGCAAGGGAACAGAGGUCAAGUGGAUUGAGGAGCUGGGGGAGCAGUCCAGGAAGGUGGCUAAUGUGCUCCAGGACAUGUGUGGCCUUCAGCCUGGGGACAGGAUGAUGCUGGUGCUUCCGCGGCUCCCAGAGUGGUGGCUGGUCAGCGUGGCAUGCAUACGGACAGGGGCUGUCGUGAUUCCAGGUGUCUCUCAGCUGACGGAGAAGGACCUCAAAUAUCGGCUGCAGGCGUCCAGGGCCAAGUCCAUUAUCACCAGUGACUCCCUGGCUCCACGGGUGGACGCCAUUAGCGCCGACUGUCCCUCCCUCCAGUCCAAGCUACUGGUGUCAGAUGGCAGUCGGCCAGGCUGGAUGAACUUCAGGGAACUCCUCCGCGAGGCAUCCACAGAGCACGACUGUGUGAGGACCAAGAGUCAAGACCCUCUGGCCAUCUACUUCACAAGUGGCACCACCGGGGCCCCCAAGAUGGUUGAGCACUCCCAGGCCAGCUACGGACUGGGUUUUGUGGCCAUCGGAAGGCGGUGGAUGGACUUGACCAAAUCGGACAUCUUCUGGAACACGUCUGACACUGGCUGGGUAAAGUCAGCUUGGACCCUCUUCUCUGCCUGGUCUAAUGGAUCUUGCAUUUUUGUGCAUGAGCUGCCCCGAGUCGAUGCCAAGAUUGUUCUGAAUACUCUCUCCAGAUUCCCCAUCACCACCCUCUGCUGUGUCCCCACCAUUUUCCGGCUGCUGGUACAGGAGGAUCUCACCAGGUACCAGUUUCAGAGCCUGAGGCACUGUUUGACUGGAGGAGAGGCACUGAAUCCUGACGUGAGAGAGAAGUGGAAGAGCCAGGUGGGCCUGGAGCUGCAUGAAGGCUAUGGCCAGUCUGAAACAGUUUUAAUCUGUGCCAAUUCAAAAGGCAUGAAAAUCAAGUCUGGAUCCAUGGGGAAAGCAUCGCCACCUUACGAUGUGCAGAUCGUGGAUGAUGAGGGCAACAUCCUGUUUCCAGGAGAAGAGGGGAAUAUUGCUGUCCGAGUUAGGCCCACCCGGCCCUUCUGUUUCUUCAAUUGCUAUUUG